GUUCUUUCUAGUAUCUUCUUUCAAUAUUUGUUGAACAUGAACUGGUUCAUGAAAUUAUCAAAAGUAAAUGUGGCUAGUUGUAGAAGUUGUACAUGCCAAUACUACAAACAUACUAGUGUCGUGUUUUUUUACCUCGCCAUCAGUUCUUUCAUCAUCAACACAAGAACUACAAGAUGAGCACCGCGAUUCCGCAACCCGAAGGAGAGAGCGCGGCGUCAGCUGCUACUACCGAUCGGGGGACCGAGCC